UUAUAAACCACACACACCUUGUUUUGACAGGUUGCACUGUUUCUUUCUUUCUAUUAAAGGCAGGACAGGAGGGUUAUUUGGAUGUCUUCCACACCGAGCUGGAGGCCUUCAAGCGGAGAGUAAAAGAGUACACCAUGAAGUCCAAACUGGAGACUCCCAAAGCCAGUGAAAAGCAGCCCCCCUCCCCCCGCUGUCGCUUGGAUCCCAAAGAGGUUCUCGAGUCUUUGCCUCCGGAGCUGAAGGCCGGACUACAGCUUCAGGACGUGCAGAUCCUACAGAACAUCCUCAGCACGAUGAACCCACAGGUGGCAGAGUACCACGUGAGGCGUUGCCUGGAGGCGGGGCUGUGGACUAGCACUGAGCGACUGUUCAAAGACGACACCACAGAAGCAGACGACUGUCGCAUGAUGGAGACGUAGUAUCGGAUCUGAACACAUACUCCAGCGCGUUCUCCUUUUAUUUCUCAUAGGAUGCAAACGAAUAGAAAAGAAAAGAAAAAAACACAAAACGGCACAAGGGUUUCAAGCGGAAGAGGAUGGUGAUUUAAGAAGAGUGCCGCAGUCCUCACAGACUAUUUUCUUUGGUAUUUGCGCCUGAAUGUGUGCUGCACUUUAUAUUUGUUUGGAAGAAAAGAGCAAGUAUUUUAAAGAACAAGAAAGCGGUAUUUUUUUAGGCACUUGUUCUGUGCUUACGGUCAUGUGGAUUAACCGUGGGAUGUGACGCCGAGUGUGCAAAGCAGCGGGCAUUCUAUGGAGAUGAGGUUUUUUGAGAUUUAGUCGGUACUACAAGGAGAUGCCUUGAGAUUUUUAAUUUUAUUUGCUAUCUUUGUUAUUCUUUGUUCUCUUUUUUUUUUGUGUGUGUGUGUGUGUUACUGCUCAUUUUUCUCCAUGGCUUUCUUAUUUACGAGGGAAAGUAUAACAAGAAAUUAAGAAAUGCUUAUUUAAAAGCAGAAAAAACUGUCGGGCAGUACCGCAUGCUAUACUUCACUGCUCAGCAGCUGUGGUGACUCAGCGUGCAGUUUUAAACUCCUAGCUGAAGCUGCGGAGUCAUGUCCCCACGUGAUGCCUCGAGACUACAGCUGUAGCAGCAGCACCCCCUGCAACGUCACCACUUGCAUGACUCAGCAGGACUGCACAGGCACUGGUGAAGGACUGCUUGGGGAGGUUGUGAAUGUUGGCGGGCCCAUCUCUGUCGCUGUCAUGCACCGCGAGGAGCUGCCAAGCACUCGUAACACUGUGGAGUUUCGUGAAAUGUGUCUGUAGCCUAUCAGUUGUCCCAGUUAGACCAAGACAAGUUAUCCUGAUUCAUUCAACCGAGGAAACUCAAACACAUGAGCUCCUUCUGUCCAGCUGUUGUUUAUUUCUUGGUUAGUUGUAGUGGCAAAGAGCUGUUAGAGAUUCAUCUCCAUUCACGGCAUACAUUUUUUAGUUUUUUUUAAAGCCAGAUUUGUUCAAAGGAUCCAAUAUAAGCUGCUGUCAGAUAAAUUAAGCCAGUUAGUUUUUUUAAGACUCAUGAUGUGAACUUGCUCAAAGAAAAAUAGGCUUUCGCUAGUGUACUUGCCAUUACUAUUAAGACCUGUCUUUCCAAAGACAAUAAACUGCUCCCUGAAAACCUCAGUUUUUCAGGGAUGAAAUUGAGGGUAGCCCGAUGUCCCUAAUUGAUUUACGUUUCCUCUUCAGAACAGAAUGUCUUCAUUAUUUGUGGUAAUUUCAAAUGAGCCCUUGCAAGUGCUUGGCGAUGCAUGAAGCGUGGUCACAUCUUAAUGCAGACAGCAGGGCACUCUGGAAAAGAUCUGGCUACAAUGUGGCCAUCAGGGUCCGAUCAGGGCCAGAUCAGUGCCAUUGUCAGCUGCUAUCAAACUAAGAGGUGACGUCUUGGUGUUUGCUGCACAACAUGAUGAAACAUGGAGGCAACUUCAGCUGCUCAGUUUCUGCAGUGUUCAUACGUCUCUCAGUAGUAGUGGCAGUGGCAGUGGGAGAGCCUGUUCCUAUGCUAGACAGCUUAACAGGGUGUAGACGACUUUAUUGCUGAAUAUCACUAAAUACUCUUCUGUGGAAGACAGAUUACUGCAAUAAAUAUUAAUACAAACAA